AGAGUCCAAGGUUGUUUAUGAUGUUAUCCACUUGAUUCAGUCUAAUAACCCCUCUAGGUCUUCCCUCAAAGAUUCCAACUGUACCUAUGAUGUGAGAUGUCCCUUAUUACUGUAGGUUAGAAUGUGAUGUGUUGCUUUCCUUAUUACUGUUGUAGUAUAAUUUGUUAUGUUGCAACAUUUUUUUUUUCAAACACAGGUUUUGGAAACAUUGGUGUACUUGAGGAUUAGUCACGUUGACAUACAGUCACUUCAACAACACAAUGAGAAGAAAUCAUCUGUAGAACUGAAGAUUGAAAAGAAUAAAAAUAGAAUGGAAAAGAAGCUGAAAGGAAAGAUGUCCAAGAAAGAGAAGAAGAGAAAAAGGGAAAUGAAAAAACUAGAGAAGGAACUUCAAGAAACUGAAGCUGUUGAAAGCCAACAGAAAAGAGCAAAGCUGGUGAGUGUGAAGAGUACAAUCACUUCUCUAAAGUCUACUUCAAACCCAAGCUCAGUAAAUGCUGGCCUAGAGAACCAACGAACCAACGAACCAACGAACCAACGAACCAACGAACCAACGAACGAAUGACUUUAUUUAAGUUUCAAAGGCUAUAUUUAAAGCUUUAGAAAAACUAAUUGGGGACACUAUUUGGUGUUACCUUAUAGUCUAACCUUUCAUUUGCUAAGCAUGUUAAAAUUAAACUGAACAAAGCGAAUAAAUGUCCUUACAUAAUAAGAGAACUUAGGAAAGAGGGUUACAGCCAAGACAAAAUCGAUCAUCUCUACAAAGCGAUCGUUCUUCCUAAAUAUUGUAUGGUCUCCCUGUUUAUGGCGCAUACCAAGCGGAUUUAAAUACAGUACAAUGCUUGCUGAAUAGAUGCUUUAAGAGGCGCUUCUCCUCAAAACUUUAUACACCUGUAAUAUCCUGGAAAAGUGUACCCUUUGUUGCCCCAAGCCAAAGCAUCCUCCCUUACAUUGAGAUGUUAAGUACCAGUCAGUUACCCAAGAUAAACAAAGAACGUUUUAAAAGUAGUUUUUUUUUUUACUAGGCUUAAUUUUAAAUACAAUUUAGCAAUAUGAGAAAUUCUUACUGUAAGCGCGUUAUUUAACCCUUUUCAAAAUUUAUGUAACAUUUGGUAUGUACUGUAUAUUAGUAUGAUAUCAGAAAUUACAAGAUAUCAAAUAUAUAUAAAAUGUAAAAUGGCUAAAGUUCCCAACCUGUAUCUGGGAGGUCAUGGGUCCAAGUCUUGUUGGGACUCAGAUGUUUUCUAUGUUCCAAAUAAGCAUUAAUUUUCAUCUUAAUCGCUUAAUCGUAUCUAUAACAAAAUUCUCCAUCGUUAUUGGUUCUCCGCGCGCCUAUUGGUCACGUAAUCGGCGCG